CCUUAUUCUUUUCUUCAAUUCCUACAUAUAUCGAAGAAUAAGGAAGCCCUCUAAAUUGAAACAAUCUCACUGCGUUUUCUUGAAAUGGCUCGUGACGCCCAAGCUCAAGACUCACCUCACGAACUGACCGCCACUUACCCCACUUCUCCACCACUUGCUCGCGAUCACCACAUUUUCGAGAGAGACGUGGAACCCACAACCACAUCCCGCUCACGAAAUGAUUACACAUUCCCAGAAGGCGGUACUAAAGCUUGGCUUGUCAUUUUCGGAUCCUUCUGCAUCAUCGCAGGUACAUUUGGGCUGAUAUCUUCCGUUGGCCUUUUCCAAGCAUACUGGCAGACGGAUCAGCUGUCUUCCUAUACUACUCGUGAUAUAGGAUGGAUUUCCGCUGUCAAUGUGUUUCUGAAUCUGUUUCUUGGAGUUCAGAUUGGCCCUUUGUUCGAUCGUUAUGGACCAAGAUGGUUGAUCCUUUCGGGAAGCGUGAUUUAUGUUCUUACGUUAGUCUUGCUUGCCGAAUGCAAGAAGUACUAUCAAUUUAUGCUUGUUUAUGGAGUUUUGGGGGGAGUUAGCAGUGCAUUUUUGACUACGACGGCUUUGGCUGUAGUGGCUCACUGGUUUGAGAAGAAGAGAGGAAUAGCUUCUGGAAUUGCAUUUGUUGGGUCGAGCGUGGGAGGCAUCAUGUUUCCAUUGAUCCUGAAAAGCGUUUUCGAACAUCUCUCCUGGGCAUGGUCGAUGCGAAUCGUGGCACUCAUUGUUGCGGGCAUGAUGAUUGCGGGCAACCUGUGCAUCAAGGGCAGGUUGCCGCCUCGGAAAAAUGGUGGGGCUGUGGAUUUGAGAUGUUUCAGAGAUGCGAGGUUCUCAUGGGCUACUGUUGGAGUUUCUUGUUUCGAGUUCGUGUUAUUCGGUGCUCUGGGGCUGCUCCCCACAUAUGCCAUCCUGCAAGGCUUCAGCAGUCAGACUGCUUUUAAUAUCAUCGCCAUCCUCAAUGCUGGCUCUGCUCUCGGCCGAUCACUCUCCGGCUAUAUUUCGGAUCAUCUUGGACGCUUCAACACCAUGCUCUUAACAUUAAUAUGGUCGUUGGUUGUCACUUUGGCACUCUGGCUACCUAUUGGAAAGCAGGUUGUACUAUUCUAUAUCUUCGCGCCACUCUUCGGUUUCGGCUCUGGAAGCAUUAUAAGCAUGGCUCCAGUAUGUAUUGGGCAGCUGUGUAAGGCAGACGAGUAUGGACAAUUUUAUGGAACUUCUUACUCUGUUGUUGCUUUUGCAGUCUUGAUCUGUAUUCCCGUCGGCGGUGAAUUGUUACCGGCUGUUGGUGGUACAGCAUUUGUAGGAUUAUUUGGUGGAAUCUUGGUUUUAUCACUAGUCAGUUUCCUCAUGGCAAGGUGGGCAUGUUUGGAAUAUCGCUGGCAGUGGAUUAUCAAAAUCUGAAGAAUAAGUUGCAAUCACAAGAUCUCAAAGGUAUAAAUUG